AGAUGAGAAUGAAUUUUUUUCAAAAAAAAAAAUUUGUUAGAUAUGUUUGGUAUUAGAUUCUUGGAAUGCUAUUUUGGUUUUUUGUCACAAAAUUAAAGACCUACUUGCUCAUAUUUUUUGAAGAACACCCACCAUGACGUGUACCAUAGAAAACUAAUUAAACAAAAGUUCACAACAACUAUUCAAAUUAAUAAUCCAAUAAAGUUGCCGACUUUUCUCUUUUGCUUCAUAAAGUUUCUAUUAUCCUUGACUUUUCUCUUUUGCUUCAUACCAUAGAAAGUGCGAGGAAGGGAGAGGCAAUGGAUUCCAUCCGUCGAUAGAACCCCGGCAAAAUUACAACACCCCUUCCACGAAAUAAUUUCAGAUUUAUUGCAAUAGCCAACAACCAAUAAAGUCUUGUUGACUUGUGAGAGUGCCCUUAUAGCUUUUCUCCAGACGGAACCAGUUACUUCUUUCCACUCUUUGGUUAAUCUUUUGCAUCGUUUUCUGAUUCAUUCCUUUCUCCAGAGAAACAAUGGCGGUGGGAGAGCUCUUUCUUGCUGCGUUCCUUCAAGUGUUAUUUGACCAAUUGGCUUCACCCGAAUUGCUGGCCUUUUCACGCCGAGAGGGACUUGAAAAAAAGCUGGACAAGUGGCGCAAGACGUUGUCAACGAUUCAAAAGGUGCUUGAUGAUGCAGAGGAGAAAGAAUUACAUGCUGAGGGUGCUGCAGUAAAGGAGUGGCUGGAUGAUCUCAAAGACUUGGCCUACGAUGUGGAGGACAUACUCGAUGAGUUUACCGCAGAAGCUUUGCGACGCAAAUUGAAGGGUAAAAAUCAGGCUAGUCCCAGUAAGGAGGUCAGAAAAAAUAAGAGGGACAGUACUGGCCCCAACUUCUUUACCGAACGAAGUUGUUUACGGCAGGGACGGAGAUAAAAAGGCUUUACUUAAUUUAUUGCUGUGUCAAGGAUCAAGCGAUAAAGUCUCUGUGAUUCCUAUAGUUGGUAUGGGGUAUUGGAAAGACAACCCUUGCCCAGUUUGUAUACAAUGAUGAAGAAGUCAAAAGUUCGUUUCAUCCUAGAGCUUGGACUUGCGUUUCUGAAGAUUUCGAUGC